UCCAAGCAAGGCUGCAUAAAGGAGGGAACAGAUUUUCCUUUAGACUUUGCUUUUGGACGUUUUUUCUUCUUCUUUGGAAAGUUUCACAAAGAAGAACAGAAGGACUAAACAAGACUGAACAACAGAAGAGAUAAACACAGCGGAGAGGAUUUAUUCAAGCAUUCUUCUUGAUUGAGUUUAGAGCACGUGGCAGCCGGCUCUGCCACUGGACUCUUUUCACAGUGAGAGGAGUGAGGUCAUUCAGUAAUUUAUUCUUCUCUGGCUGAGUGGUCUCCGUGUUCCUGUUGAGUCAGACACAGCAAGACAAACUAAGAAGACACAAUGGUUGCUGGAAUGGUGAUGCCCCUUGACAACCUGAGGGCCAUUUAUGAACGCCUUUUCCGGGAUGGCGUCAUGGUGGCCAAGAAAGACAAGCGCCCCCAGACAAAGCACCCUGAGAUCCCAGGAGUGGGAAACCUGCAGGUAAUCAGAGCAAUGGGCUCCCUGAAGUCUAGAGGAUUUGUGAGGGAGACCUUUGCAUGGAGGCAUUUCUACUGGUACCUUACUAACGAGGGUAUUGUUUACCUGCGUGACUACUUACAUCUACCACCUGAAAUUGUGCCCACUCCGCUGCAGAGAGUGCGUCGCCCAGCUGCAACUUUGGCCAUUGUCCAGAGGGCUGCACGAGUACAGGCUAUAGAGGGUCCAACUUCAUAUGUUCCCAAACCAGGCCGGGGAGGCACGGAGAGCCAGGAGGCUCUGUUGCAAAGGCAAGAAUAUCGUCGCAAGCAGAUAGGCACUGAGGUGGAGCGACAGCCCAGUGAGAAAAUACCAAGGUUUCGAGGUCGUCCAAUCAUUGAUGAGAUCAAACCCAAUGCAUCAUGGUCUAGGGACCAAGCCCAGCCUUCACCUUCCAGUGGUCAAGAUUAUGCAAGAGGAAUGGACCGACAUGUUGUAAGGAAGACUAUUACAGAGGUCUACCAUCAACCACCUGCUGAAAUGAGGAGUGCCCAGUCUCUGAUAAGGAAAACAGUGACAACUGAGGAAUAUAAAGGGAGCAGUGGGGCAGCUUUGAUUAAGAAUAAACCAAAAGCCACAGUCAGUGUGGAUCUGCCAACUCAGUCUACUGUUACUGCCAUAACAGCCGGCUCAGUGGCAGCCUCCAUACCUCUCAAAAAAGCAGAGAAAGAGAAACACAAAGAAGUGUCUGUUAAAGUUUCUCAGGAAAUCAUAACCAGCAAGUCAACCAGAGAUGUCUUUCUGCCCCCUGUAAUACAAGUGAAAGCCACAGAGACCAAAAAUGUUCAGGAAUAUCCAGUCAAGGAUGAAAUGCCCAAAGUGACAGACACAACAGCCAGAAUGACAGAAAAGAUCUCGAAGUCAGUCACACAGGAGAAGAUAACAUCAGAAGACAGCAACACCAGUGAUAAAAAAACUUUGAUCGAAUGUUUACCAAAGACCAUGGCCCAACUUACUGAUACUGCCACAACAGCAGACACCGUGACAGUGACAGCCUCCAUGUGCCCUAGUAAAGCUGGUAAAGAGAAAGUUAAAGAAGAGGUAUCUGUUAAAGUCUCUCAGGAAAUCACAACCAGCAAGUCAGCAAAGGAUGUAUCUCUGCCUUCUAAAAAACAAUUGGCAAAAACAGUGAAGCCAAGAGACAAUGAGACCAAGAAUGUUCAGGACUAUCAAGUCAGCAAAGAAAUGCCCAAAGUGACUGAAAAGAUCUCCAUGUCGGUCAUGCAGAAGAUGACAUCAGAGGACUGCAACAGAAGUGAUGAGAUAGCUUUAGUUGAACAUUUACCAAAGACCACAGCCCAACUUGAUGUUACGGCCACAACAGCAGACACUGUAGCAGUGACACCCUCUGUGUCCCCCAGUAAAGCUGGUAAGGAGAAACUCAUAGAAGAGGUUUCAGUAAAAGUCUCUCAGUUGGCCAGUACAACAGAGCAAGCUAAAGACGCCUCUCUGCCUCCUUCGACCAAAAAGGUGAAAAAAACACCAAUUGUGACCAAGAAUGUUCAGGAAGAUCCAGUCAAGGAUGAAAUGCCCAAAAUGACAGAAAAGGUCCCCAUGUCGGUCACAGAGAAGACAACUGCAGUCAGUGUGGAUCUGCCAGCCCAGCUCACUUCAGACAUGGUGACAGUGACGGCCUCUAUGCCUCCAAGUAAAACUGGUAAAGAAAAACUGAAGGAUAAGGUAUCAGUAAAAGUUUCUCAGGAAACUGAUUCAAAGGAGCAAGCCAGCAAUGCCACUCAGCCUGCUUCCUCCAAAAAGAAGGUGGAAAAAACAAUGAAGGCUAUAGUGACUACAAAUGUUCAGGAGCACCCAGUCAAAGAUGAAAUGCCCAGAAUUGCAGAAGAGGUUUCCAUGUCAGUCACAGAGAAGACAACUGCAGUCAGUGUGGAUCUGCCAGCCCAGCUCACUUCAGACAUGGUGACAGUGACAGCCUCUAUGUCUCCAAGUAAAGCUGGUAAAGACAGGGUUUCGGUAAAAGUUUCUCAGGAAAACGAUACAAAAGACCAAGCCAGCAAUGCCACUGAGUAUGCUUCAUCCAAAAACAAAGUGGGAAAACUGGUGAAGGCAACAGUGACCACAAAUGUUCAAGAACAUCCAGUCAAGGACGAAAAGCUCAGAGUGACAGAAGAGGUUUCCAUGUCUGUCAUGCAGAAGAAAAUGGCACCGGUAGACUUAAGUAAGAGUAGUGAGACGGGUACACUUGAAAAUGAACCAAAAACUGCAGUUAUUGUGGAUAUGCCAGCCACUACAGCAAAAUCAAUAGCAGUGACAGCCUCCAUGUCCCCCAAUAGAAGUGAUCAAGAGAAACUUGAAGAAGUGUCAGUUAAAGUUUCUCAAGCUAAGGAUACUUCUCAGCCUCUGUUCUCCAAAAAGAAAAAGGAAAAAAUGCAGAAAACUGCAGCAACCAAGAAUAUUCAGGAACAUUCAGUCAAGAAUGAAAUGCCCAAAGUGUCAGAAAAGCUCCCAACGUCACUGACUUCUAAGUCUGCAGUUCAUCCAGUUGAUUUGGAGUCAGAGGCUAAGGCUGCUGCUGAGUUGAUUCUGGAAAAAGGUGAAAAUAUCAAGGGAAUAAAAGAUAAAGAUGACUCCAUCAGAUCUUCAGCAUCAGCAGUGCCACCUGUAUCCAAAAAGAAGGAGGAUACAGCAUUGCUAAAUAUUGUAGUUGACACUGUUAAAGAAAACGCUGAAAUAAAUAUUGCUCAACAGACUGCUGAACCAUCUUUGGAGGAAAAUGCUAGCAAGGUAGCCUCAGAAGAACCACCUAUGGUAACCUUGGCUGUGGCAAAAAGCAGUGCUCAAAAGAAUAAGAAGAAGAAGGCCCAGAAAACCUCUAGUACUGAGGAGACAAAAGACAACGAUGAUGCUAAAAAUAGCAAAUCAGUUUUACUCAGUGCUCCAAAAGAGGCAGACAUUCCUGCUGACGAAACACGUAUCACUGUAGUCAAGACGGAGGUCAAAAUGCAUAAGCAUGACCCCAGCCCAACUUCUGAAAUCUCAGCUACAUCUGCUGAUGCACAGACAAAAGAAAUAAUCAUCCAUGAAGAAAUAAAAGUAGUGCAACAAAGAACAGCGACAAAAGAGUCUAAAAACAAGGUGUCCAAACAAGAGAUAACAUCAGACCAGCAGAAGCCACCACCAGCAAAACCCACAGAAGAAUCAAAAGCCACAGCUCCAAAUAACAAAGAAGCUGAGGAUGCUCCAAAGUCUAGAAAAAAAGGGAAGAAGAAGACUACGGCUGCAGUUAAUCUAUCACCAGAUCUAUCACCAACAGCAGAAAUCAAAGCAGCUGAGGUGAUGACAGCCCAGGCUGCCAUUAAGGUUCAUCCCACUCAGGGCCCUGAAAUGCUUGUAGCAAUCGACUCUCCAAAGAUGCCUCCUGAAGGAAUGUGUACUAAGGAAAGCCAGGCAGGAGCUGUACAGGCAGAGGCCCCUGCACACAAAGGGGAGGCGGAGUCUGCUCAGCCCUCGGCUGAAAAAAUAAAACGGGAGGUUCUGAAAGGAAAAACAUCCUCCUCGCAGAUACUGAGGGAAGCACCCACAGGCCAAGCGUCAGCAGCAGCCUCAGCCCAGGCCGGCCCCCACCCUGAGCAGGGGGAGCCUCCCAGUGUUGCACAACUUUCAGCUGCUCCUGACACACAGCACCGAGGAGAGAAGCAGAAAGAGCAAGUGAGCAAGGCCAUCGAACUGCCCCUCACCACUGGCCCAUUCUCCACUCAGGAGAUAAUCUGUGACACGCAAGCCCUAACUGAGGACGAAACCACCAUGCGGAGGAAGAUUGUUGUCGUAGAGGAGGUGAUUGAGGUGCAGCAGAUUGCUUCUCCGGGUGCAGGCGGAAGCCCACCUGCGGCAACCCCUGUGCCUGAGAUAGAAGGAGAUGAUUUGGACUAUGAUGUCCUGGAGGAGCUGGCUAGAGAGCGUGCUGUCUUGCAGGGUACUCCUGUCCAAGAAAUCAACUGGGACCAUUCCCUGGAGGAGCCAGAGGCCAAAACCUUUCCAAACUUUAUAGAAGAUGAACGGGACCGAGUACAGAAAAAGACUUUCACAAAAUGGGUGAACAAACACCUGAUAAAGCACUGGAGAGCAGAGGCACAGCGUCAUGUGUCUGAUCUGUACGAAGACCUACGAGAUGGACAUAACCUGAUCUCUCUGCUGGAGGUGCUCUCUGGGGAGACGCUGUCCAGAGAGAGGGACGUUGUGAGGAACUUGCGGUUGCCUCGGGAAAAAGGACGCAUGCGAUUUCACAAACUUCAGAAUGUACAGAUAGCACUGGAUUUUCUCAAACACCGGCAGGUCAAGCUGGUGAACAUUAGGAAUGAUGACAUAGCAGAUGGAAACCCCAAGCUUACAUUGGGGCUCAUUUGGACCAUCAUCCUACACUUCCAGGUGUCCUGCUCUAUUUCAGACAUCCAGGUGAAUGGGCAGUCAGAUGACAUGUCAGCUAAGGAGAAGCUGCUGCUGUGGUCCCAGCGCAUGGUGGAAGGCUACCAGGGUCUGCGCUGCGACAACUUCACUACCAACUGGAGGGAUGGCAAGCUCUUCAAUGCAGUUAUCCACAAACAUGAGCCCAGACUCAUCAACAUGUCAAAAGUCUACCGCCAGACCAACCUGGAGAACCUGGAGCAGGCUUUUACUGUGGCUGAGAAAGAGCUGGGCGUCACACGCCUGCUUGACCCAGAGGAUGUUGACGUACCUCACCCUGAUGAGAAGUCCAUCAUUACAUAUGUGUCCUCUCUCUAUGAUGCCAUGCCUCGUGUGCCUGAUGUUCAUGAUGGGGUCAGAGUCAAUGAGCUGGAACUGCGCUGGCAGGAGUACUACGAACUGGUCACAAUUCUGCUGCAGUGGAUCAGACACCAUGUCAUCAUUUUUGAGGAGAGAAAGUUUCCCGCCAGCUACGAGGAGAUCGAGAUCCUGUGGCGCCAAUUUUUGAGGUUCAAAGAGACUGAACUGCCAGCUAAGGAGGCAGACAAGGACCGUUCCAAACUAAUCUACCAAUCCUUUGAGAGUGCAGUUCAAGCAGGUCAGGUCAAAGUCCCCCCUGGUUACCAUCCCAUUGACGUUGAGAAAGAAUGGGGACGACUUCAUGUGGCCAUUCUUGAGAGAGAGAGGCUGCUUAGAAUAGAGUUUGAGAGGUUAGAGAGGCUCCAGCGGAUCGUCACUAAAGUGCAGAUGGAGUCCGGCGUUUGUGAGGAGCAGCUGAACCAGCUAGAAACACUUCUGCAGUCGGACAUUCGUCUCCUAAAUGCAGGGAAGCCUGCUAAGCACACAGCUGAGCUGGGGAGAGAUUUGGAUAAGGCUGAUGACAUGAUCCGUCUGCUCUUCCAUGAUGUGCAGGUUCUCAAAGAUGGACGCCAUCUACAGGCUGAGCAGAUGUACCGCAGGGUUUAUCGUCUGCAUGAACGGCUGGUGAACCUGCGCAGUGAGUAUAAUCUGCGACUCAAGACAGCAGUGAAGCCAGUCCAGGUGACUAUGGUUUCAGGCCAACAAUCGGAGCAGCGAAUGCGGCCUGAGUUGGAUGAGGUGACUCUGCGCUAUGCUCAGGACCUACUGGCUUGGGUAGAGGAGAACCAGCGCAGGAUCGAAACAGCAGAGUGGGGCUCUGACCUGCCCACUGUGGAAUCACAGCUUGGUAGCCACAGAGGCCUUCACCAGACAGUGGAGGACUUUAAGGCCAAGAUUGAGCGGGCACGAUCUGAUGAGACUCAGCUGUCUCCUAUCAGCAAGGCUACAUACAGAGAAUACCUGGCCAAACUGGAUCUUCAGUAUGCCAAGCUCUUGAACUCAUCCAAGUCGCGCCUGAGGCACCUUGAUCAGCUUCACGCUUUUGUUACUGCUGCCACUAAAGAGCUGAUGUGGCUCAAUGACAAGGAGGAGGAGGAGGUCAACUUUGAUUGGAGCGACCGCAACACCAACAUGACUGCAAAGAAAGAGAACUACUCGGGACUUAUGCGUGAGCUGGAGCUCAGAGAGAAGAAGAUGAAUGAGAUCCAGGUCACUGGAGACAGACUUGUUAGGGAGGGCCACCCAGGCAAAAAGACAGUUGAGGCUUUCACUGCAGCCCUACAAACCCAGUGGAGCUGGAUCCUUCAGCUUUGCUGCUGUAUUGAGGCUCAUCUCAAAGAGAACACUGCGUACUAUCAGUUCUUUGCUGAUGUAAAAGAGGCAGAGGAAAAGAUGAAGAAGAUGCAAGACACAAUGAAGAAGAAGUACACAUGUGAUCGCUCUACCACAGCCACCCGUCUGGAAGACCUGCUGCAGGACACUUUGGAUGAGAAGGAACAGCUGAACGAGUUCAAGACUCACUUGGCUGGCCUGAAUAAGAGAGCCAAGAGCAUCAUCCAGCUGAAGCCUCGCAACCCCACUACCCCCAUCAGAGGCAAACUGCCAAUCCAGGCAGUGUGUGACUUCAAACAGAUGGAGAUCACAGUGCACAAGGGAGAUGAAUGUGCACUGCUUAACAACUCACAGCCCAGUAAGUGGAAGAUCCUGAACCGCUCAGGCAAUGAGGCCACUGUACCAUCAGUUUGCUUCCUCGUGCCUCCAAUCAAUAAAGAAGCUGUAGAGAGCGUGUCUAAUCUGGACGCUGGUCUUCAGCAGAUGACAACUCUGUGGCAGAUCCUGCACACUGAUAUGAAAAGCCUACUGUCCUGGCAGUACCUGAUGAGGGACAUCAAUCUCAUCCGUUCAUGGAACAUCACCAUGCUGAAGACCAUGAAGGUGGAAGAGUACAGACAGAUUCUGAGAAAUCUAGAGCUUCACUAUCAGGACUUCCUGCGAGACUCUAAGAACUCCAAGCUCUUCAAUCCAGAUGACCGCAUUCAGACUGAGAAAGACUACAAAAUGACAACACAGCAGUACGAAAACCUGCUCCGAGCUAUGGAGAAAGGUGAGCAGGAUGAGUCCGUGUGUAAAACAUACAUCACACACCUCAGAGACCUGCGCUUGCAGAUUGAAGACUGCGAGUCUCGCACUGUGGCCCGCAUCCGGCAGCCUGUGGAUAAAGACCCACUCAAAGAUUGCCUUCAAAAGGCCACUGACCAAAAAAAAGUGCAUGUUGAGCUGGAGGGAAUCAAGAAGAACCUGGAUAAGGUAGCUGUGAAGGCAGAAGAAGUGCUGGCUUCUCCUGAGCAGUCCAGCACUCCAGUCCUCCGCUCUGAGCUUGAAGUCACCCUGCAGAAGAUGGGCCAUACGUACAGCUUGUCCUCAGUAUACUUGGAGAAACUUAAGACAAUAGAAGUGGUGAUCAGGAAUACACAAGGGGCUGAGGACAUUCUCAAGAAAUAUGAAGAUCGCCUCCGUGAGGUUUACAAGGUCCCAACAGAUACAAAGGAAGUAGAGACAUACCGUACUGAGCUCAAGAAAAUGCGUGGCGAGGCAGAGAAACAGCAGCCCGUUUUUGAUGCCCUGGAGGGUGAGCUGGCUAAGGCUACUGUAGUGAGCGAGCGCAUGGCACAGGUGCACCGGGAGAGAGAUGCUGAGCUGGAUCACUACAAGCAGCUACUGUCCAACCUGCAGGACCGCUGGCAUGCUGUGUUUGCCCAGGUCGACCUGCGGCAGCGUGAGCUGGAACAGCUGGGCAAGCAACUGGGCUACUACCGUGAGAGCUAUGACUGGCUAAUCCACUGGAUUGCAGAUGCUAAACAGCGCCAGGAGAAGAUCCAGGCUGUGCCCAUUACUGACAGCAAGACAAUGAAAGAACAACUGGCUAAGGAAAAGAAACUUUUAGAGGAGAUUGAGAAAAACAAGGAGAAAGUCGAGGAAUGUCAGAAAUAUGCCAAAGCUUACAUUGAUACCAUUAAGGAUUAUGAACUGCAGCUGGUUGCUUACAAAGCACAAGUGGAACCUCUGACGUCUCCUUUGAAAAAGACCAAAAUGGAAUCUGCCUCUGAUAACAUCAUUCAGGAGUAUGUGACUCUGAGAACUCGCUAUAGUGAGUUGAUGACAUUGACCAGUCAGUACAUCAAGUUCAUCACAGACACGCAGAGCCGCCUAGAGGAUGAGGAGAAAGCUGCUGAGAAACUUAAAGAGGAGGAGAGGAAAAAAAUGGCUGAAAUGCAAGCCGAGUUAGAGAAACAGAAGCAGCUAGCUGAAGCUCACGUAAAGGCCAUUGCCAAAGCGGAGAAAGAGGCUCAGGAACUCAAACUCAUGAUGCAAGAAGAAGUUAGCAAAAGAGAGGUUGUUGCUGUAGAUGCUGAAAACCAAAAGCAGAAUAUUCAGCAACAGUUACAUGAGCUCAAAAACCUCUCAGAACAGCAAAUCAAAUCAAAGAGUCAACAGGUGGAGGAGGCUCUUCAGAGCCGAACCAAAAUAGAGGAGGAAAUCCGUAUCAUCAGACUCCAGCUGGAAACAACAGUAAAACAGAAAUACACGGCAGAAGAAGAACUAAAACAGCUCAGAGACAAGGCUGCUGAGGCUGAGAGACUCCGUAAAACUGCUCAAGAAGAGGCAGAGAAGCUUCAGAAGCAGGUCAGUGAAGAGACUCAGAAGAAGCGCAAGGCAGAGGAGGAGCUGAAGUUUAAGUCUGAGGCAGAGAGAGAGGCUGCUAAGCAGAAGCAGAAAGCCUUAGAGGACCUUGAGCAACUUAAGAUGCAGGUAGAAGAGGCAGAGCGACGCAUGAAGCAGGCUGAGUUAGAGAAAGACCGACAGAUCAGACUUGCCCAGGAUGCAGCACAGAAAAGUGCUUCUGCUGAACUCCAGAGUAAGCGCAUGUCCUUCGUUGAAAAGACAUCAAAACUUGAGGAGUCGCUCAAAGAAAAGCAUGGAACUGUCAUCCAACUGCAAGAGGAAGCAGAACGCCUCAAAAAGCAGCAAGAGGAGGCAGACAGGGCAAGGGAUGAGGCUGAGAAAGAGCUAGAAAAAUGGAGACAGAAGGCCAAUGAGGCACUUCGUCUGAGGCUCCAGGCUGAGGAAGAGGCCCACAAAAAGACUCUUGCACAGGAAGAAGCUGAGAAGCAGAAAGAAGAAGCUGAGCGUGAGACCAAGAAACGAGCCAAAGCUGAAGAGUCUGCCCUGAAGCAGAAGGAGAUGGCAGAGCAAGAACUGGAGAGGCAGAGGAAAAUGGCUGAUGGUAUAGCUCAUCAGAAGCUCUCUGCUGAACAAGAGCUCAUCCGUUUAAGGGCCGACUUUGACCAUGCAGAGCAGCAAAGAUCCUUGCUUGAAGAUGAGCUUUACCGCUUGAAGAAUGAAGUGACUGCUGCCGUGCAACAGCGCAAACAGCUUGAAGAUGAACUUGCCAAAGUAAGAAGUGAAAUGGACAUACUUCUACAGCUUAAGGCCAAAGCUGAGAAGGACAGUAUGUCUAACACUGAAAAGAGCAAACAGCUUCUUGAAGCUGAAGCUGCUAAAAUGAGAGAUCUUGCAGAGGAGGCAGCUAAGCUUCGUGCAAUCUCUGAGGAGGCAAAAAGGCAGAGGCAGAUAGCUGAAGAGGAAGCUGCCAGACAAAGAGCAGAAGCUGAAAGAAUACUGAAAGAAAAACUUGCUGCAAUCAAUGAGGCUACUCGUCUAAAAACAGAGGCGGAGAUAGCACUCAAAGAGAAAGAGGCAGAAAAUGAGCGCCUUCGAAGACAGGCUGAGGAUGAGGCUUACCAAAGAAAGGCCCUUGAAGAGCAGGCAAGCCAGCACAAGCAAGAUAUUGAGGAGAAGAUCAACCAGCUUAAGAAAUCUUCUGAGGUGGAAUUAGACAGACAGAAAACAAUUGUAGAUGAAACUCUCAAACAGAGAAGAAUUGUUGAAGAGGAGAUCCGUAUCUUAAAACUUAACUUUGAGAAGGCAUCUUCAGGCAAGCUUGAUUUAGAGCUUGAAUUAAAUAAACUAAAGAAUAUUGCAGAGGAAACCCAGCAGAGUAAGUUGCGAGCUGAAGAGGAAGCAGAAAAACUCCGCAAGCUUGCCUUGGAGGAAGAGAACAAGAGGAGAGAAGCUGAGGAAAAGUUGAAAAAGAUUGCUGCAGCAGAACAGGAAGCAGCUAGACAACGCCAGUCUGCCCAAGACGAGGUGGAGCGGCUUAAAAAGAAGGCAGAGGAAGCCAAAAAGCAAAAGGAAGAUGCUGAUAAGGAAGCCGAGAGACAAAUCUUUGCUGCCGAAGAGGCUGCUCAGAGAUGUAGUUCUGCUGAGCAGCAACUCCAGAGUGUCCUUGUGCAACACAAGGAAGAUAGCCUUGUACAGGAAAAGCUAAAAGAGGAGUAUGAGAAGGCUAAAAAGCUAGCUCAAGAAGCAGAGAAGGCCAAAGAAAAGGCCGAAAAAGAGGCUGCUCUUCUACGUCAGCAAGCAGAGGAUGCAGAGCGUCAGAGGCAGGCCGCUGAAGUUGAAGCAUCCCGUCAGGCCAAAGCACAGGAGGAUGCUGAAAAACUGAGAAAGGACGCAGAGUUAGAAGCAGCCAAACGUGCUCAGGCAGAAACUGCCGCACUGAAACAGAAACAGCAAGCUGAUGCAGAAAUGGCUAAAUACAAAACACUUGCAGAGCAAACCAUUAAGCAGAAAUCUCAGGUUGCACAAGAACUUACCAAGGUGAAGCUGCAGCUGGAUGAAACUGACAAACAGAAAUCCCUCCUAGAUGAGGAACUUCAUCGCCUUAAGGAUGAGGUCACUGAUGCUGUUAAACAGAAAGCCCAGGUGGAGGAUGAACUUUUCAAAGUUAAGAUUCAAAUGGAAGAGCUUAUAAAACUGAAGCUCAGAAUAGAAGAGGAGAACCAACGUCUAAUCAAAAAGGACAAAGAUAACACUCAGAAAUUCCUGGCGGAGGAGGCGGAGAACAUGAAAAAGUUAGCUGAAGAAGCUGUUAAACUCAGUGUGGAGGCACAGGAGGCUGCACGUAUGAGACAGAUAGCAGAGUCUGACCUUGCUCAGCAAAGGGCACUUGCUGAAAAAAUGCUCAAGGAAAAGAUGCAAGCUAUUCAGGAAGCAUCCAAACUAAGAGCUGAAGCAGAGAUGCUUCAAAGACAAAAAGACUUGGCACAAGAGCAGGCUCAGAAGUUGCUUGAAGACAAACAGCUGAUGCAGCAGCGACUUGAAGAGGAGACAGAGGGCUUCCAGAAAUCAUUAGAAGCUGAGCGUAGGAGGCAGCUUGAGAUCACGGCUGAAGCUGAGAGACUUAGGCUUCAGGUGUCUCAGCUCAGUGAUGCCCAUUCAAAAGCUGAGGAGGAAGCUAAGAAGUUCAGGAAGCAGGCAAAUGACAUUAGUACCCGUCUUCACGAGACAGAGCUUGCCACAAAGGAGAAAAUGACAGUUGUUGAAAAACUGGAAGUGCAAAGAUUAAGCAGUAACAAAGAAGCUGAUGAGCUCCGUAAAGCAAUUGCUGAACUUGAAAGAGAAAAGGCUAAAUUGAAAAAAGAGGCUGAAGAUUUGCAGAAAAAGUCUAAAGAGAUGGUGAAUGCUCAACAGGAGCAAAUUAAACAGGAGAAAACAAUUCUUCAGCAAACAUUCAUCUCAGAAAAAGAGAUGCUGUUGAAGAAAGAAAAACAAAUAGAGGAUGAGAAAAAGAAGCUGGAAAGUCAGUUUGAAGAAGAAGUAAAAAAAUCCAGAGCUCUAAAAGAGGAGCAAGAGCUUCAACAAAAGCAAAUGGAAGAGGAUAAGAUGAAACUUAAGGCCUCUAUGGAUGCUGCUCUUAAGAAACAAAAAGCAGCAGAGGAAGAAAUGAUUAACAAACAGAAAGAGAUGCAAGAACUUGAGAAUAAAAAGCGUGAACAGGAGAAAUUGCUUGCUGAUGAAAACAAGAAACUGCGUGAAAAACUUCAACAGCUUGAAGUAAUCCAACAGCAACAGAUAUCCCACACUCAGGAGAUGGAGAUUCAGACAAAUGGCCAAAGUACUGAAGUGGACAGCAGAAAUGGAGACUCUGCCUUAUGUUUUGAUGGCAUUCGUGAGAAGGUUCCAGCCAGCAGACUCUUUGAAGUAGGCCUCUUAAGCAAAACUGAUUAUGAUAAGUUAAACAAAGGCAAUAUCACAGUACAUGAGCUCAGCCAGACAGAAAAGCUUAAAGAAAUCCUUAAGGGCAAGAACAGUAUUGGUGGCCUGCUUGUUGAACCAAACCAAAAAAUGUCCAUCUAUCAAGCAAUAAAAGCAAAGAAGAUUGCUCCCGGUACUGGUUUAGUAUUAUUAGAAGCACAGGCAGCUUCUGGAUAUAUAAUUGACCCUGUUAAAAACAAAAAACUCUCUGUUAAUGAGGCAGUGAAGGAGGGUCUCAUUGGACCUGAACUUCAUAACAAAAUGCUCUCUGCUGAGAGAGCUGUUACUGGUUACAAGGAUCCCUACACAGAGGCGAAGAUUUCGCUUUUUGAAGCUAUGAAGAAAGGUCUUAUUGUGGAAGAUCAUGCCAUCAGACUCCUUGAGGCUCAGAUUGCUACUGGUGGAAUUAUUGAUCCCAUCAAUAGUCACCGUGUACCAACUGAACUAGCCUAUAAGCAGGGUCAGUUUGAUGCAGAAAUGAACAAAAUACUUCAGGAUCCCUCAGAUGACACAAAAGGAUUCUUUGAUCCAAACACUCAAGAAAAUCUCACAUACUUGCAGUUAAUGGACAGGUGUUUCACAGAUCCAGAAACAGGAUUAGUCCUCCUGCCUCUUACAGAGAAGGCUGCUCUUAACGCCAGAACAUUUACAGAUGAGGAAACCAGGGAUAUCUUCAAUAAGACAACUGUGUCUGUGCCAUUUGGACGAUUCAAAGGAAAGACUGUUACUAUCUGGGAGAUAAUUAAUUCUGAGUACUUCACAGAGGACCAGAGAAAGGAUCUUAUUCGCCAGUACAAAACAGGCAAGAUUACAGUAGAAAAGAUCAUCAAAAUUAUAGUCACUGUUGCCGAAGAAAAAGAGAAAAGGAAUGAGCUUGAAUUUGAUGGUCUCAGAGCACAUGUUCCUGCUGCAGAGCUACUCGAUUCCAAGGUCAUUGACAAAGACCUCUAUAACAAGUUACACAAAGGAAAUAAGACUGUCAAAGAGGUGUCUGAGAUGGAGACGGUACACAAAGCUCUGAAGGGCUCAAACUGCAUUGCAGGAGUUGUCAUUGACUCAACUAAAGAGACAAUGUCAUUCUAUCAGGCCAUGAAAAAGGAUGUGAUGAGGCAAGGACCUGCUCUGUCGCUCUUAGAAGCUCAAGCUGCAACUGGAUACAUCAUAGACCCUGUCAAAAAACAGACAUUUACAGUAGAUGAAGCUGUCAAAGCAGGUAUUGUUGGACCUGAGCUACAUGAAAAACUUUUGUCUGCAGAAAGAGCCGUCACGGGCUACAAGGAUCCUUACACUGGGCAAACUGUGUCCUUGUUUGAGGCAAUGAAAAAGGAACUGAUCAACAAAGACCAAGGAAUCAGAUUCCUUGAUGCACAGCUGGCAACAGGAGGCAUCAUAGACCCUGUGAAAAGCCACCGCAUUCCACAUGACAUUGCUUGCAAGCGGGGUUACUUUGAUGAUGAAACAAAUAAGAUCUUGAGCAACCCAACAGAUGACUUGAAGGGCUUCUAUGACCCUAACACACAGGAAUAUGUCACAUAUCUGCAGCUUCAGAAGAGAUGUGCCACUGAUAAAAAGACUGGUCUUCAGCUUCUGCCCCUGUCUGAACAAGCAGUCAGUGCCAAAGAAGAACAGAAAUUCAGUGAGGCACAGACCAAAGAAGCCAUGACCCAGGCAACAUUAGAGGUUCAAAGUGGACCAUUUAAAGGGAGAAAAGUUACCAUCUGGGAGAUAAUCAACUCUGAUUAUCUGACUGAGGAACAAAGGAUGGAUCUGAUCAGACAGUAUAGGUCCGGAAAAGUGACAGUUGAGAAGAUUAUAAAGAUUAUAAUCACAAUUGUAGAUGACAAAGAGGCCAAGAAACAAGAGCAUUCCAGUUUCAAAGGACUCAGGGCUCCUGUUCCAGCCAAGUCCUUGUUUGACUCCAGAAUUAUCGACAAAGCUACUUUUGAUUUGCUUCAGCAAGGUAAGAAGAGUCCAAAAGAGGUCAGCAGAAACAACUCUGUUAACAAGUAUCUGCAAGGCUCUGAAAGCAUUGCUGGUAUAUACCUUGAACCUACAAGAGAGACAGUUAGCAUUUAUCAAGCAAUGAAAAAGAAACUUUUGAGACAGAACACAGGAAUUGCUCUCCUCGAAGCCCAAGCAGCUACAGGUUUCAUUGUGGAUCCUGUAAAGAAUGAGUUUUUUACAGUUGAUGAUGCUGUUAAAGCAGGAGUUGUGGGACCAGAGCUUCAUGAGAAACUUCUUACUGCUGAAAAAGCUGUUACUGGCUACAAAGACCCCUUCACAGGCAACAAUAUCUCUUUGUACCAAGCCAUGCAAAAAGACCUUAUACCCAAGGAGCAUGCCAUGCCUCUUUUGGAGGCACAGAUUUCCACAGGUGGAAUCAUUGAUCCAGUCAACAGUCAUCGGAUUCCCAUUGAUGUGGCAUAUCAGCGGGGAUAUUUCAGUAAGGAAACUGCCAACAGCAUUGCUGAGACCUCAGACAUAAACAAGACAUUCUCUGACCCUGAUACUGAUGAGAAUGUUUCAUAUAAACAGUUGAAAGACAAGUGUAUGACAGACCCUGAGACAGGCUUGCACCUCAUUCGACUCUCAAAACCACAGGCACCAACAGUGGUGGAAAAGACUUACCUAUACACUGAAGAGCAAACCCAGAGUGAUCUAUCCAGUAUGCAGAUUGACCUCCCAAUUGAGGGUCUUGCUCAAGGCUCAAUGUCCCUUUGGGAUGUCAUGAACUCAAAUCUGCUACCUGAAGACGAGAGGACAAAACUACUGGAUGAAUAUCGUUCAGGCAAAAUAACUAAAGAAAGAAUGAUCAUUAUAAUCAUUGAGAUAAUGGAGCAGAGAGAAAUCAUCAGAGGGGAGAACAUCAAGUCAUGCAACAUUGUCAGACGCCGGGUCACUAUUGAAGAACUCUAUAAUGCCCGUAUAAUUGACUUGGAGACCUACAACCUGCUGAAGCAAGAGAAGAAAACUAUACGUGAGAUCAUGGAGUUACAGAGUGUUAAACAGUACUUGUUUGGCACUGGCAGUGUUGCUGGUGUGUUGUCUGAUUCCAAUUCAAAAAUCAGUAUUUAUCAGGCAAUGAAGAGAGGACUAAUGAAGCCAGAAGAUGCAAUUGGCCUUUUGGAGGCACAGGCAGCCACUGGCUUCAUCAUUGAUCCAAUCAGGAAUGAGAUGCUCACAGUUGAUGAAGCAGUUCGCAAGGGAGUGGUUGGGCCAGAAAUUCAUGAUAAACUUCUGUCUGCAGAAAGAGCUGUCACUGGGUAUAAGGAUCCAUAUAGUGGCAAAAUCAUUUCCCUCUUCCAAGCAAUGAGAAAGGAUCUUGUGCCAGAGGACUAUGCUUUAAGGCUGCUUGAGGCUCAAACAGCAACUGGAGGUGUCAUAGAUCCAGAAUUCAACUUCCAUCUUCCAGCAGAUGUUGCUACGCAGCGUGGCUACAUCAACAAAGAAACCUAUCAGAAACUGUCUGAAGUUAAUGGAUAUGUGGAUCCCCUCACAGGAGAAACCCUCUCAUAUGCACAACUGCUCAAGAGGUGCAAAGUUGAUAAAGAUGGGCUGUAUCUGCUAUCUUUAGCAGAAAGAAAACCAAUGUUCCAGGGCCUCAGAAAGCAAAUCACAAUGGAAGAGUUGAUCCGUUCACAAAUCAUUGAUGAAAAAACAGUCUCUGAGCUCAAUGAAGGUCUGGUAACAUUUGAGGAAUUGAAUGUUAGACUCAAGAAAUAUCUUGAGGGCACAAGCUGUAUUGCUGGUGUAUAUGUAGAAUCAACUAAAGACCGUCUUUCCAUAUACCAAGCCAUGAAAAAGAACAUGAUCAGACCAGGAACUGCAUUUGAACUGCUGGAAGCUCAAGCAGCCACAGGAUACAUCAUUGAUCCCAUUAAGAACCUCAAGCUAACAGUGGGUGAAGCCGUGAAGAUGGGAAUUGUAGGUCCAGAGUUUAAAGACAAACUCAUGUCUGCUGAACGGGCUGUCACUGGGUACAGAGAUCCUUACACAGGCAAAACUAUCUCUCUCUUCCAAGCUAUGAAAAAGGGGCUAAUCCUAAAAGAUCAUGGCAUCCGUCUUCUUGAAGCUCAGAUUGCUACUGGAGGAAUCAUUGAUCCAGAGGAGAGCCACCGCUUGCCUGUGGAAGUAGCCUACAACCGUGGCCUCUUUGAUGAAGAGAUGAAUGAGAUCCUCUCUGACCCAUCUGAUGAUACCAAGGGCUUUUUUGACCCCAACACAGAGGAGAAUCUUACAUAUCUACAGCUAAUGGAGAGAUGCAUUACUGAUCCACAGACUAAUCUUGUGCUUUUGCUCCUAAAGGAGAAAAAACGGGAGAGAAAGACAUCCUCCAAGUCUUCCGUUCGCAAACGAAGAGUUGUCAUUGUCGAUCCUGAAUCAGGCAAAGAAAUGUCUGUGUAUGAAGCUUAUCGCAAAGGGCUCAUUGAUCACCAAACAUACCUUGAACUUGCAGAGCAGGAAUGUGAAUGGGAAGAAAUCACAAUGACCUCAUCUGAUGGAGAAGAGAAAUCCAUAAUCAUUGACAGAAGGUCAGGUCGGCAAUAUGACAUUGCUGAUGCUCUGGCAAGAGGCCUUAUUGAUCAGUCUGCUCUUGACCAGUACCGCUCUGGAAACCUUGCCAUCACAGAAUUCGCUGACAUGUUAUCUGGAAAUAUGGGUGGCAUUCGCUCCCGUUCAUCUUCCUUUGGAUCCACUUCCUCCUACCCAAUGAGUCCCAUACCAUCUAUCAAGACCCCUGCAACUGUAUGGAAUGAUCCAACGGAGGAGACUGGUCCUGUGGCUGGAAUUCUUGAUACAGACACCCUUGAGAAGGUUUCAGUCACUGAAGCCAUGCACAGGAAUUUAGUUGACAACAUCACUGGCCAGAGACUGUUGGAGGGACAGGCCUGCACUGGUGGAAUCAUAGACCCAUCAACUGGGGAAAGGUUCUCUGUUGCUGAUGCAACAAGUAAGGGUCUUCUUGAUAAGAUAAUGGUUGACAGAAUCAACCUAGCACAGAAAGCCUUCAAUGGAUUUGAGGAUCCUAGAACCAAAGCUAAGAUGUCUGCUGCUCAAGCACUUAAGAAAGGCUGGCUGUAUUAUGAAGCUGGUCAGCGUUUCCUGGAGGUACAAUAUCUGACCGGUGGACUUAUUGAACCAGAGACUGAAGGAAGAAUCUCUGUGGAGGAGGCUAUCAAGAAAGGCAUUAUAGAUGCCCGCACAGCCCAAAAGCUGAGGGAUGUGAGUGCUUAUUCUAAGUACCUUACAUGCCCCAAAACCAAACUAAAGAUCUCCUAUAAGGAUGCAAUGGAUAGAAGCAUGGUUGAGGAGGGAACUGGGCUAAGACUGCUAGAAGCCUGUUCACAGUCUAGUAAAGGUCUUUACAGCCCCUACAAUGUCAGUGGUGCUGGGUCUGCUGCUGGUUCAAGAUCUGGGUCAAGGACAGGAUCUAGAUCAGGCUCAAGAAGAGGUAGCUUUGAUGCCACUGGCUCUGGGUUCACCAUGAACUUCUCGUCAUCCUCAUAUACUUCCACCAGUUACGGUCGCAGAUUUUAAUUCUGGCCCCCUGUGGACUCAAAACACAAAUUUUCGUAUCCAUCAAUAAUACAAGCCUGAAGAACCUUCAGUUGCAUAUAAUUCAAAGGAAACUCUAGAAAAGGACUUAUUUAUUCUGUUUUGCAUGCGUUUGCCAUAGAAAACCGCAUUCCAAAAAUUACCACUGUGUUCUUGCUGGGCAGUGGUAACAAGGUCCCAUCUUAUGUAGUUUGGAUGCUCAAAAUACUAUGCAUUUUGUGCUUAGCCUUAAAAAUUAUUCAUCCUUAAAGUGAUUUCCUCUAUUUUGAUUAAUUCAGAUUAUUUGCCUUAGGCAUACUUUUUAACAUUUUGUUUUUCAAAAACUGAUUUUAUUGGGCAGUUUAGGCUAAUUGCUUUGAUUAUUUGAAAUUUCUAAAAUCAUAAAGGGCAUACUUUUAUUAAAUGCUACUUAAUAGUCUGCAUUUCUCCUUGUACUUUCAGAUUUCUCUCAUUUACUUUUGCUUUUCAAGUUAAUACACAAGGAAAUAUGCCAAGGUAGAUGAAAAUGAUGUUUAAAAAUUAUAUGAAUGUUUGUUGUAUGCUUAUGGAUGGUUAUCAGAACAUUGUAUUUAAUGACCCGAUGUUGGUCCUCAUGAAAUACAGGGGUGUUGUGCAAAUAAUUAAUAUUGCGGAAUGUAUAGAAACAAAAAAGACAUUUAAAUGUUAACACUGGAGCAGGAAAGCACACUUAAAGCAACACGAUCUAUGCCAAUAUGUUAUCUCCCACUAUCAAAUCUGAACCAUUGAUAAGGAGGCAUUCACCUCAUUUAUUUAAGUGCAUAUCUUCUGUAAGUUCUUUAUAAUACAACCAUUUGAAAAUCCUCACCAUCCCUGCCCACUAUGAAACAUCUUCAAGCCUCUCAGUCAUUUCACUCAAAUGGUCCUGUUGUAUUGUACCAAGAAGACUUCAGAUGGCUGGCCAUACCUCCUCUCACAUCUGGACAAACCUGAAAGCCAUAAUGAACAUUUAUUAAGUAAGGUAUCCAUAACCAGAUGUGGAAUAAUGGAGGACAGUGUUACCAUACCUCUAGGCAGUAAAAUAAAUAUCUGCCAACAGCCCUCACCUCCAGCUCUUCAGAUCCACAGUGAGCCUUUUGCUCCUUUCUUCCUUUGUUCCCUGCUCAUUUGCCCCGAGAAAGUAGAGGCUAGGGUUGCCCUGAGGUUUGCCUUGGAUAUCAUGCCAGGAACUGACUGUUAUGGACUGAACAUAUACUGGCUUUACCAUCCAGAUUUGGACUCUGUUCACCCACCAACUUAUUUGGAUUAAAAAUUACCACUGGGACCCAUAUUGGAAGCUGAAUAUACUUACCGACAGAUAUUCUUACAUUCAAGUUUUCAUAUUCAACUCACGUUUUACGUCCAAUACCAAUUUGUACCAGUCAUGUGACACAUUUGAUAUGCAUUCCCCUUGUCUUAACUUGCUAAGUGUGCACUACUGAAUUCUAAAAUUGAGGUCAGCGACACUAAUUAACAUGAAAAACACUACAUUCAUAUAUGUAUUCUUAUUAUGGGUUUAUUUUGUAAAUGUUUUUGCAUCACAUCUCUUUUACCAUCCAUGAUCUACAAUAUUUUUCCUUGUGUUGCUUCUUCGACCAGUGUUGGUUUUUUUGUGCUUUCCAAAAUCCACUCUUAUGUUCUUUUUUCUUAAAAGUACUUGAUUUGUGUAAGUCUUCAUAUUUUGGUUAGACUUUUUCCUAUUUUUGGUAUCAUGUUCUGUAAUAUAUUUGCUUUGCAUGUUUUACUAACUUCAUAUCAAAUGUUUUAAAUUUAUGAGAUGAAGAGCUUUGAAAUAUUAUGGAAUAAUAAAUGUCAUCAGCAUGUUAAUGUUUAUGACUAAAAACAAAUGUAUGACAUGCAAGCUGAUUGGUGGCUGAGUGAUAUUACUGAAGAGAUAUUACAGAAUGGUGUGAGAAAAUGACUCUGCUUUUGAGAAUAACACCAUAUUCUAAUGUAAAUAAAUGUGUUAUGGAAA